CUCAUGCAGGUCGUUUGUCAGUUAGCUUGAGGUUUCUUACAGCUGAAGCAAAUGUGGGUUUGGAUGGGAAAUAAAUCUUGCCUUUCUUUCUUGAAGGUUUUCAAACCCUACCAGGCAUCCCAGCACGACAUGUGCCGAUUCCACUCUGAGGACUACAUAGACUUCCUGCAGAGAGUGAGUCCCAACAACAUGCAGGGAUUCACCAAGAGCCUCAACGCCUUCAACGUGGGCGAUGACUGCCCAGUGUUUCCAGGCCUCUUUGAAUUUUGCUCUCGCUAUACUGGGGCCUCCCUGCAAGGAGCAACACAGCUGAACAACAAGAUCUGUGAUAUUGCAAUAAACUGGGCAGGAGGCCUGCAUCAUGCCAAAAAGUUUGAGGCUUCUGGGUUUUGUUAUGUUAAUGACAUAGUUAUCGGCAUCCUGGAGCUGCUCAAGUAUCACCCACGUGUUCUGUACAUUGAUAUUGAUAUCCAUCAUGGAGACGGUGUGCAGGAGGCUUUCUACUUGACAGACCGUGUGAUGACAGUGUCAUUUCAUAAAUAUGGGAACUAUUUCUUUCCUGGUACAGGUGACAUGUAUGAAGUUGGUGCAGAGAGCGGUCGUUACUACUGUCUCAACGUGCCUCUACGAGAUGGCAUUGAUGACCAAAGUUAUAAACACCUCUUCCAGCCAGUCAUUAACCAGGUGGUGGAUUACUAUCAGCCCACCUGCAUAGUACUGCAGUGUGGUGCUGAUUCUCUGGGUUGUGACCGUCUGGGUUGUUUUAACCUCAGUAUAAGAGGACAUGGGGAGUGUGUGGAGUAUGUAAAGAGCUUCAACAUCCCCUUGCUGGUACUGGGAGGAGGUGGUUACACAGUCCGCAACGUGGCACGAUGCUGGACUUACGAAACAUCAUUGCUUGUAGAUGAAGCAAUUAGCGAAGAGCUCCCAUACAGCGAGUACUUCGAGUAUUUCGCUCCAGACUUCACCCUUCAUCCUGAUGUCAGUACGAGGAUUGAAAAUCAGAACUCCAGGCAGUACUUGGAUCAGAUCAGGCAGACGAUAUUUGAGAAUCUGAAAAUGCUGAACCAUGCUCCCAGCGUGCAGAUCCAUGAUGUCCCUUCUGACUUGCUCAGCUACGAUCGCACAGAUGAGCCUGAUCCAGAGGAAAGAGGCUCUGAGGAAAACUACAGCAGGCCUGAAGCUGCCAACGAGUUUUAUGACGGUGACCACGAUAACGACAAAGAAAGUGACGUUGAGAUCUGAGGGCUCUAGUGUGGGGCUCUGGACUAUGGGGGGUCCUGCAUUGGACAUGGGUGCUUGGAGCAGGUAACUGGGCCACACAGGAGCCAGUUAGCCCUCCCUUCGUAUUUGAUUGCAUGUGGUGGCAGCAGAAACACCACCACUGCAGGCUUCUGCUACCUGGGGAGGCAGAGAGCAGUGGAGUAUGUUCCUUACUUCCCACCACGUGUCACGGUUCCAGCUUUGGGAAAUGGAAAUUCAAGUAGCGCUCAGAUCUGUGCUGUGUACUGGCUGGCAGCCGUGAGACUGCCUUCAGAGCCUGACCUGCGCUGGUUCAGUCAUCCCUGUAACUCCCGUGCAGGCUUCUGCCAGCAAGGUGGGAGCUGGAGCGGUUGUGCCUACCAUCUCUGCCUCUCUUCAGCAGCAACACCUGAUAGAUCCUGCUCUCCCCGGCUCUCCACUCUGGUACCCAGUCGAUUGUCCUCUGAAGCCUGCACUGAGGGUUGCUUCCUGAUGUCCCUUCUAACCAUCUGACACUCCACAGCUCAAGGCAAAACAUCUGAGAAGACAAGGCCAGUUGUGGGAUGAGGGUUGGGAGUGUCCCUGGAGCAGGGAGCAGCUUGAUGGAGCAGGAUGGAAGAAUGUAUGCAGAGCAUAGUCUUGUUCAUUCCCCCCGUACUCGGUUUUGCAUUCACAAAUGAGUACUGCAACACUUUGCCAAGUUGGACCUAAAUUCCCUGUUUUCUUUAUUCUUUGAGAGGCUAAAAUCACUGUGGAACAGAGGUUUGGCUGCCAAGGUCAGUACAUAGUGUGUCUUGCACCUCUAAUGUAGCUUCCAGCUGUGUUUUCCACGUUCACACAUGGCCCUUCUGUGUGUUAGCAAGAGAUUUGGGCUGCUUGCUCAGAGUGGAAACCAUUCCCUCUUGACUGCACCCAGGAGGCAUCGCUCUGCUCGUGGGUGAGGGAAGCUGCUUCCUCCAAGUCCUGUCGUCUUGCCCUCACACAGGGGAGAUUUCUCCCGGCCAUCCCUUGAAUCCCAGACUUUGCUGCUCCAUCUCCUGAGUUGUCACCUGGUACCUGUCACGGUUUGGAGCGAGCUGUUUGGGGAGGCGGGAGGGGGUUAGCCUCUGACUGUCUGUACUGUUCUGUUUUGUUCACUGAUGUCGUUAAACAUUAAAUGAAGAGGCAGUAUUUUUCUUACCUGACCUGUUGUUUGUCUGUUUAAUGCUCACACCUUUUUGGCUCCUGUCCUCCCAAGGAUUGAGAACAUGCAUAUCACCCCUGGCAGGGUAGUGUCCUCUGCUGUCUGACCUGUCUGGGCGAACGGAGGGCGUUCAGCUCCUCAAACUGUAUGUUGGUGAGUUUUGAGCAUCAGUGCACAAUGAGGAGAGAGCCCUGAAUUCCCUUACAAGAGGACACAUGGGCUGGUGGACGCUGCUGCUUAUGCCUCUGAUUCCAGUAAAAGCUUUGCAGAAAGCUGCAGAGCCAAUUCAAGAAACCUUCCCUGGGAUCGUUUUAAGUAUCGUGGUUUCUUUGAGUUGCAGUUUCCCUAAGGGUCUGCUCUUUGCAGUCUCACUGUCCUCCAGCCCAUCUUAGUGACUAUUUUUCUUCAUUUUUAGACCUGCCACUGUCUCCCUCUUCACUCCCCCCUGGGUCCACGACACUUGUCCUUUAUCAAAUAAGCUCGUGCUGGCCUGCAUGGAUUGAUGUUCCUCUUGGCCCUAGUCUCCACCAAUAAACCUGCGGAAAAACAAGAGAGGAAAGAAAAGGAAGUAUUGAACCGAAGGUAUCUAACAUGGUAGGUGAGGGCCAGAGGGAGACACUAACUUGACCAGAUCUGUGUAUGUGUUCACAGGCAAUGCCUAUCUGUUAGGAUGUUUACGCAACCGCCAGCCCGAGGCUUCAGCUUUUUGGGGAGGAGGCAAAGCCUGGCCACAAGUGAGCUACGGGUCAUGUAACUACAGCACGAAGCAGGCACCAGAGAUGAACCUGAGCAAGGAGCAGCCUCUGAAAGAGAAGGACGUGAAGAUCUGGGGGAGAUGCUGUGCUGUGACCUGCAUCCAGUGCUCCCUGUGGGACUGCAGCUGAUCCUCUCUCACGUCAGGGACGGGCAGGCUCUGGAGCCGUUGACUGAAGGAGCAGGAAUAGCCAAGGUGGAGCGGUUCCAGCCUCUCUUGGAUGGCCCAAAGAGUGGUGACUCAGGGGCACUGGAGGUGGCCUGCAUGCAGCUGAUCAGUUCCUUGAUCGACCCUUCUCAUGAGCUGGACUUCAGAGUUGACAUUGGUAGGGAGCUGAUGUGUCCUGGAUUUCAACACCUCCUUAAGGUGAGGAGCAGCUCACUUCUCUACUUGAUCUGGAAAGUGGAGGAGGCCGCUGGUGGUUUAAGCCUGGCUUUGGGAUGGAGUGGGCA